CCCGCGGCCGAGGGCGCUCAGCCCCUGCCGGCACAGCCCGGGCUGGCCACCGGCUCCCAGUGCUUCUUCCAGCCCAAGCUGCUGGACGGCAAGCAGGACAUCAAGCUGUCCUCCGGCUCCGCGGCCCUGGACAAGUUCAAGGCCUCCUGUGGCCAGUGGGAUCCCAUCUCCCAGCAGCACCAGGCCUUCUUCCCCUCUGCCGAGGGCUUCGCUGCGGCCGACAGCGGCCAGGGGCUGUUUCCCCCGCUGGGCUCCAAGGUGGAGAGCGUCCUGGGCGGCGGCUGCCAGCCGGAGCUCGGCAGCCUGGCAGAGGAGUCCGCCUGCUUCGGAACCCAGCUGGCCUUCGGCUGCGAGCCAGAAAACUUCCCGGCCCGCGGGGACUUGGCCGACGCCAAGAUCCACAGCAUCCCCGCGCCCUUGAUGCCGGACUUCGACUCCUCCCUGGCCCAGCCCGAGGUCCUGCCGGGCCUGAUGAGCUCCGCCGAGCUCCUCCAUCCUCACCCCUCUCCUUCCGUCCCCCCCACGGACUUUCUGGGCCACCCCGCGUCCUCGUCGCUCCCCUCGCUGCUGCCCCCCAACCCUCCGGCCCUGGCCGAGCCCAAGAAGAAGACGCGCCGGAGCAAAUGCUCCUCCAAGUGCUUCUGCCCCAAGCCCCACGAGAAGGCGUUCGCCUGCCCGGUGGAGAACUGCAUCCGGAGCUUCGCCCGCUCCGACGAGCUCAACCGGCACCUGCGCAUCCACACGGGCCACAAACCCUUCCAGUGCCGCAUCUGCCUGCGCAACUUCAGCCGCAGCGACCACCUCACCACGCACAUCCGCACCCACACGGGCGAGAAACCCUUCUCCUGCGACACCUGCGGCCGCCGCUUCGCCCGCAGCGACGAGAAGAAGCGGCACAGCAAAGUGCACCUCAAGCAGAAAGCCCGGAGCGAGGAGAAGCUCAAGGGCUUGGGGUUCUUCUCGGUGGGGCUCUCCUUCGGGCCGCUCUGAAGCCCCGGCCUGAGCGCUGCGGCGUUUCCCGAGGUGCCCCAGGUUCUCUCAGGGGAGAGCCGGGCCGGGAGUUCCCUCCCGGGUGAGGAGGGAGGCGCUGGGGCCGAGCCGGGCCCGGGCCGCUCCCUGCGGGGAUGGGAUGCGGAGCCGCCUCCGAACCGCCGGGACCGGCUCCCGUUGCGAGGAGGGCGGCGGAAAAGCCGUGUACAGACAGAAAUCGCCACCGAGGUGGCUUCUGUGGGCGCUCGGCGUUCGUAGAGGCCGGGCUGCGCUUUCCCUUGGCAGGAUGCUCCCGGCUGGAGAUUUCCCGGCCGGCACGGGAGAGAGACACCACCGGGCUGCGGCAACCGGUGCUAACAGGCCCUUGGGAGAGGUGAUUUCAAUACUAUCAUCAUCAUCAUCAUCAUCAUCACCG